ACCCCCAAAAUGAACUUUACUGGAGAACCCAGAAUAUUGAAAGAGCCUGUUUUUUCCCACCCUCCUUCUGCAGUGUAUCCCCUUUGCAGCCUCCUUUCCCAUAGUCCAGAGGGAGAGUUUUACUUGAAGACAUGGGUUUUAGUCAAAGUGCCAUAAUAAUGGAGGUCACUGUUUAAAACAACUAUUAGGGUAAUCAUAGUCUUUAUUCUUACAAAAGAAACAUUGGUGUCCAACUUUGAAUUUGCCACUGGAACCCCAACUAUAACAAGAAGGCUAAGUCGCAGAGAGGGAGAGAAACAGAAAGAGAUGGAAGGUGGCCCUCUACAGGAAACCCAGGAAUGGCAGAAAUGGCUUGAAGACCUAUCGAAGGGUACUAUAAGUCAUGAGCUUGAGGUCAUCACUCUUAAGGGCAUGCAGGUUGUGCAUGGCCAGAAGGGUCUGGUUUGCUGUAAUCUAGUCAUACCAGAUUGUGUAUCGGAUAAAGACGGAAACUGGCAUGUCGGAGCAAUCACAACCUUAAUUGACACAGUUGGGGCUGCAGCCAUAUUCUCCUCUACAGGCCAGCUCAAAGCCUCUGUCGAUUUCAACAUUUCGUAUUACUCAACAGCUAAGAUUCAAGAAGAAGUAGAGAUUGAGGCAAAGGUCAUAGGGCACAAGGGAAGGCUUUCAUCAGUUGUGGUGGAGAUCAGAAGGAAAAACAAUGGAGAAUUGAUUGCUUUGGGAAAGCAGUGGAUGAGUUCUAUCAAUAUUGUACCUAGUCACCUUAGUAAGAUAUGAUCUCCAACAAGCCAAAAUCAGUACUCCUUUUCCCUUAUUUUUCAUUCAAUUCAAUUUGAUAAGAGGCCAGUCAUCUCUGCCCAUUUUACUCUUGUAAGCAAACAUUAUAAAAAUUUGGUUGAAUUCAACCUUUCCAGCCGCCUA